UGUAUAUCCGAGGCGGGACGUAAACAGAGCCGCAGAGAGGAGCUAGCCGUCAGUCGGGUGAACGGCUGGUAGCGCCGCCGUCUUUGUGUUUUUUGGUUAAAACACGGUUCUGUAGACCAGAAGAACAUUUCUUUCCGACUUCAGCUACAGUGAUAGCUAAGUUUGGAAAGGAGGGAAAAGAGGAAAAGCCGUGUUUGUCAUUAUUUUUUACUCUGUUUCUGGACGCAGAGAUAGCCGUUGACCUCCUUUACAAAAGGGGAGCCUUUAUUAGUAGAAGAAGAGAAAAAAAAGCUUUCUGGUCAGUUCUAGCAUUCUGGACAAACUAAAGAUGGAUAACUCUGGGCAGAAGAAAACACGCUGUGAAUCUAUUCGAGAUUUCUUCACUUCAGCAAAAUUCCUUAUUUACAUGGGACAUGCUCUGUCAACAUGGGGGGAUCGCAUGUGGAACUUCGCCGUGUCUGUUUUCCUGGUGGAGCUCUAUGGGAACAGCCUGCUGCUCACGGCCGUGUAUGGACUGGUGGUGGCCGGCUCGGUGCUCCUGCUGGGGGCCAUCAUCGGGGACUGGGUGGACAAAAACCCAAGACUUAAAGUGGCUCAGACUUCACUGCUCGUGCAGAACAGUUGUGUCAUCCUGUGCGGUGUCCUCCUGAUGCUUGUUUUCCAGUUCAAAGAGCAGCUCGUGGAGCUUUACAAUGGAUGGAUUCUGACUGUCUGCUACAUUCUGGUCAUCACCAUCGCCAACAUCGCCAACCUGGCCAGCACGGCGACCUCUAUCACCAUCCAGAGGGACUGGGUGGUGGUUGUUGCUGGUCAGGACAGCAGCAAGCUUGCAGACAUGAAUGCGACCGUGCGCAUCAUUGACCAACUGACAAACAUCCUGGCACCCAUGCUGGUCGGUCAGAUAAUGACUUUUGGCUCCCAUUUCGUUGGUUGUGGCUUCAUAUCUGGCUGGAACCUGUGCUCCAUGUGUGUGGAGUACGCGCUGCUCUGGAAGGUGUACCAGAAGACUCCUGCACUGGCGGAGAAAGCUGGACAAAAGGAGCAGGAGCUCAAACAGCUCAGCCCCUCAAGAGAUGCGGAGAAUGGUCAGAGUCCUGAAGAAUCAUCUCAGCCGCUCAUGAAUGAAACCGCAGUAGUGUCCAGCCCCGACUCCCCCAAGAAGGAGGGCUGCUGCUACCAGGUGGCUGAACCCCUGCGCACCUUCAAGGGUGGCUGGGUGGCCUACUACAACCAGAAUAUCUUCUUGGCUGGCAUGUCCCUGGCCUUCCUGUACAUGACAGUCCUUGGUUUUGACUGCAUCACCACCGGCUACGCCUACACCCAGGGCCUCAGUGGCUCUGUGCUCAGCCUGCUGAUGGGGGCGUCGGCCAUCUCCGGCAUCUGCGGCACCGUUGCUUUCACUUGGAUCCGCAAGAAGUGCGGCUUGAUUCGCACAGGCUUCAUCUCCGGUGUGGCACAGCUCUCCUGCCUCAUGCUGUGCGUCGCCUCUGUCUUUGCCCCUGGAAGCGUCUUCGACCUCAGCGUUUCCCCCUUCCAGGACCUUUACACCCACCUAAUGGGAGAGCAGUCCCUGCCAGAAGCCGACCACAGCCUCAUCAACAUGAACGUCACCACGGUCGCACCAGCAGAAGAGAUGCCCCCUCUGCAGUCCUACAUGUCCGUCAGUCUGCUGUUUGCUGGCGUCAUCGCUGCUAGAGUUGGUUUAUGGUCUUUCGACCUGACAGUGACCCAGCUCAUCCAGGAGAAUGUGAUCGAGUCAGAGCGAGGUGUGAUCAACGGCGUCCAGAACUCCAUGAAUUACCUCUUAGACCUGCUGCACUUCGUCAUGGUGAUUCUGGCUCCGAACCCGGAGGCCUUCGGCCUGCUGGUCAUCAUCUCCGUCUCUUUCGUAGCCUUAGGCCACCUCAUGUAUUUCCGAUAUGCCUUCAAAAGCCUCGGCAGCCGCCUCUUCCUCUGCUGCUCGCCAGAGCAGAAGGUGGAGACGGUUGACACCCUCUCACUUCCUACCACCGUCUAAACCUCGUUAAAGAGUCUCGUUCAUACUUACCGAGCCUAACCCUACUCUGCAUCCUACAUUUCUUACUAACAUCGCUGCGUGUAGACGGCAGACAGCUUAUGCUAACCGGAGUAUAGUAACCUAACAUGCUAUCCAUAGCUAUAGACAGUAGCAGCUUGUUUGAGACAGAGCAGGGUUCUAGUAGAGCUUUCAGCGCCGAACAUCGCGUCGUGCAAGGAUCCAUCCCGUCUUGGGGUUUGUUUUGGAUCCCAAUUAAGAUAUCGGGAGAUUCUGCAAACCUCUGUUAGCCUGGUUGCAGUUUCAAAGAUGCUAAAAAGGUGCUACAGCUUGUAGACAGGCAGGACAAGGGAGAGUCCUUGCAGGGAAGCACUGCGCCGCCGCUUAUUUCUGAAGAUGACGCGUGGGAAGAAAUGCCGGUGCUGUGUCUCUUUACUCUAUUUUAACAGGCUUUUUUUGUGUAUAUAUGCAAUAUAGAUACUUUCAUUAAGAGCAGUGAACGUCUGUCUGGAAAAGACAAGUGGGCUACUAAUACCAAAAUGGGGAUGCGGUCUCUUUAAUAGCGUUUUUUUAAGGGUUUCGCGUUUAGCUGUAUUUAUUCAAGAAACCCAGACGGUGGUUUUCCUAAAAGCUUUGUCAUCAGUAUUGUUCUACUUUCCUUUGUGCCAUAAGAAACAAGCGAGAACUGUUGUGCCCCCCAUCAAUGGCUCUCAAUAACCAAAGUACAUAUGCAUUUUUAUAAAAAAUAAAUAAAAAGGAAGUGAGGGAAACCUGUUUUUCAUCUUAAGCAUUCCAAAUACAUUCAUUCACAUUUGGUGGCUUUAGCACAACUUCACCUAAAUACUUAUUAAUCCACUUGAAGAUUGUUUUUUUUUUUGUGUUUUUUUCUUGCUAGCUUACUUUAAAAGUGUAACAGUUUGAUGUUUUUGCAAAAUUCUCUAAAAAAAAUGAUGAUUAUUUUUCUUUCUGUUGUGAUUGUGGUUACUCAGGCACUUUAAGUGAUUGACAUCUGUCAUUACACAGCUAAUGCGUGAUCAGGCAUUAGUACAACUUUUUCGUUUUGCACGAGUCUCAUUUUAGUCGGGUCACCUGAGAGAAAAGUAGUUUUAAAAAGGAAGGCACAUACGGCUGCAGCACAUGUUCAUGAGGAAAGUCUGCAUCAGCUCCUUUGGUUUACCUUCCAUUCCCCGUUUCCUCUGUAAGUCAGCCUGAGAAACUAGUCAGCAAUAUUUUUGGCUGCCAAAUAUAUGCUGAGUCAAGACUCAAAGUGUUUUUUUUUUCUUUUUCUUGCUGCUGUGAGCGUUGAUAGAUGGAACAAUUUUCUCAAGUCAAGUUUUGGCAAAUUGUGCUUAAAACUUUGGCUUCUUGUGUUAAAUGUAGUGUUUGAAGUGAUUUUCAGAUUAGAGUUGUCUGAAAUAUGAUGUUCCAACUACUUAUUAUGAGCAAAAUAUACAUUUUUUUCUUUGGAAAAGACUGUUUUGUUUGUUCCCUAAAGCUCUCUAUAAGACUCUUUUAAACCAACCAUUAAGGAAAACCCCAAACUGGAUUUUGAGUUCUUCAUUUAUCACGUCUGUACGUAGAAAUAUAUCUACAAGCAUCUAAAGUGGCUUUAUUUGUUUACUCCUUUUUGAAGCCUUAUUGAAACUUGCCUUGACAGCUGUGGAACGCACACGCUUAAAAGCUACAUCAAGACAACCACCAACACUCGUGGCCGGUCUGAGCACGCUCAGUUUGUGGUGAGCUGGAAGUAGAACUUGCCACAGCAGAUGUACUUGAACAGCGGUUCACUUUGUGGCAGUCGGCAUCGAGUCUAUUUUGCAGGUGUGCUGCUAGAAAACUCACUUGAAAUAGGAUUGAAUUUUUGCAACACAAAGAGCAGUUAAAUUCAGGAUACAGCUAUUCAAACUUAUAUUUUGUAACGCAGAUGACAUUUAUGAGCCAUUAUACUUACUUCAGUGUAUAAUCGGAAAGAAAUAUAUAUAUAAAAAGUGUGUUCUGUUGUUAUUCUGUUUGUCGUGCAUUUUCUGUUUUUAUAUUUUUAUAUACCUUGUGUUUGAGACUUGUCGGUUUGAGAUUUCUUUAAAAAAUUUGUAUCAAGCAUUUACUGCAUUAUGUUUGAAUAUCUAAUACACUGCUUUAAUCUUUUUUGUGAUAAAGUACACGUGCACAUACAGUAUUAUUGUAGAUUGAUGGGCAAGACCUGGAAAUCACGAAGAAAUCAAAAUGAUUGCUGGUAAAUAAUCUCACUCCUGUAGUUGUUCUGAGCAUGUGGAUGUUCUUGCAUAGGAUCUCAAAAUAAAAGGAAGUAUUUACAAGUUG